AUGGAAGAUAAUGAAUAUGAAUUAGGAGGAAUUUUAAUUGGUCAUGAUAAAGGAAUAAGGAGUUUAUGUGUUAUAAGUAGUAAUUUAUUUGAUGAAUUAAAGGAUUAUGAUUUAAAAUUUCAAUAUAUAGUUAGUGCUGAUUGUAAUGGAACAAUUAUUGUUUGGAAAGAAGGAGAAUAUGAAGAAAUGAAUAAGAAAGAAAAAAAUAUUAAAAACAACAUAAAUAACUUAAGAGAAAUAGAAUGUUCAAAUGAUGAAAAAAAACAGAAUGAAAAUAAUAAUGAUUAUUUAUAUAAUUAUAAUUUUAUUUUAUAUAAAAAAAUAGAGAUUCAUGAGAAAUUUAUUUACUCUUUAUGUUAUAGUAAAUAUAUGGGAAUAAGUGAAUUAAAAAAUUGCAAAAAAAACAUAGAGAAUCACUUAUAUAUAUAUAGUGGAGGAAAUGAUAGGAAUAUUUAUCUUUUUAAUUUAAAUGGUUUUAUUGAAUUAGUAUUACAAGGACAUAAGAAUAGCAUAUGUAGUAUUGUUGAAAAAAAUGAAAAUAUUUUGCUAAGUGGAGAUUGGAAUGGAGAAGUAUUUAUUUGGAGGAUUGAAAAGAAUGAAAAAGAAAAAAAUAAUAACGAUUUAAGUAAUGAGAUAAAUGAGAAAAGUAGAAUUAGCGGAGAUAAGUACUCUUACAGUAUACUAAAAAUAUUAAAUAAUCAUAAACAUGCUGUAUAUGUAAAUUACUUAAAUGAUUUAAUACUAACUAUUUCUCAAAAUAAUAUAUUGAAUAUAUGGAAUAGCAAAGGAGAGAAAACAGACGAAAUUAAAAAUAUACACAAUGAUAGUGUUCGUGAUAUAAUAUUAUUUAAUGAAAAUAAAAACGUUAUUACAUUUUCUAAUGAUGAAAAUAUACAUAUUUAUGAUAUUAAUUUUAAUUUGAUAAAAAUAUAUAAAGGACACAAGGGUUUUAUUUUUUAUGUGUGUGUAAAUGAAAAAGAGAAAAUAAUGAUUAGUUGCGGUGAUGAUAAAAGCAUUAAAAUAUGGUGUAUUAAAGAUAUUUAUGAGUUAAUGAAAACAUAUAAUGUAGCUAAUUUAAGAAAAAAUAAUUUAAUAAACGAAAAUUUUAAUUGCCUACAAACUAUUUAUUUAACUGAUACAUUAUGGAAUAUUAAACUGUUAAGUAACGGUGAUUUUGCAUGUGCUUGCAAUGACAGUUCCGUUAGAAUAUACACUAAUAAGAAGGAGAAAAAAUUAAAAAAAGAAAUAAUAGAAAUAUUUGAAAAACAAUAUGGAAAAAAAAAUAAUAUAAAUGAUGAAAAUGUAAAUGGAAUAGAAAAUAUAAACAAUAUCAUAGGAAAAGAAGGAGAAAUAAAAAUUUUUAAAAAUAAGGAAAAGUAUGAGGCUUAUAAAUACGAAAAUAGUCAGUGGGUUCUUAUUGGUGAUGUAGUUGAUGAUACUAAAUCAGAAAAAAAGUUUUAUAUUGGAGAUACGUUAUUUAAACAUGGAUAUUAUGAUGAAAUAUUUUCAAUAGACACAGGAUAUGGUAGUAUAAAGCAACUACCUUAUAAUAAAGAUGAUAAUAUUCUUUUAAUAGCUGAAAAAUUCUGCAAAAGAGAAGGGAUUUCUGUUAGCCAUGUAAAAUCAAUUGUUGAUUUUAUUAACCAAAACUCUCCAGUUAAAAAUAAUAGGGAAAAUUAUGAAAUAGAAAAUGAAAAUAAAAAAAAGAAUUUUAAAACUAUUUUAAAUGUUUUUACAGUACAGAAAUCUUCACUGGAUAGGAUUUUACAAAAAAUUAAAGAAUUUAAUUUACUUCUUUCAGAUGAUGAUAAAUAUAAAUUAAAUAAUGAAGACAUCAAUUCCUUAACCAAUAUUAUAAAUAUAUAUAUAAAAGAUAUCAAAAAUAUGUAUAAAUUUAACACAGCAGAUAUAAAUUUAAUUAUUAAACUUUUUGAGUGGUCUCCUUUUUAUAUAUUUCCAGUAAUAGAUUUAUUUAGAGUAUUAGUAUUAAAUAAAAAUUGUGAUUUUUUAUUUAAUAAUAAAUAUUCUUUCAAUGCUUUCAAAUUAGUAUAUGAUUGUAUAUCUUUUUAUAUUAAAAAUUCAGAAAAUUUGAAAGAAAAUGACGAUAAUAAACUAGAUUCUUUGUUAUUAUGCUGUCUAAGAUUUUAUUUGAAUAUGUUUAAUUUGUCUACCCCCAGAUACUAUAUGUAUAAAAAAUAUAAUUUUAUUUUAAAACAAUUUUCUGAAAUUAAAUCGAACAAUGCUAAUAUUAAUAUAUUAUUUAUAAAAAUAUUUUUUAAUUAUAUAAUAGUAUUAAAUGAAAAUAAUGAUAAUGAAUUAAGAAAAAUGUUAUUUGAAAUUAUUCAUUCUUUUAGAAAUAGGACAGAUGACAUGGAAUUCAUAUAUAUAUAUUCCUUAUGCUUUCAUACUUCAUAUAAUUCUUAUAUCAAACAAACUGAAGAAAUUAUCAAAAAAUGCGAUACAAUUAAUUUUAUUAAAAAUAAAUUAAAUUCUUUAAUUUCUCAAAAAAAUGAACAAAAUGAGAGAUUUUUCAAAAAUGUUAAAUUAAUUUUAGAUGAUCUCAAUUUAAAAAAGUGA